AUGGCCGGACCACAAGCGUCCGAUCAGCCAGUUCGUGGCCCAGAUGAGUCCCUGACACAGUCACUGGCUGCCAAUUUGCUCACUUCACUUGUCGAUAAAGCUCCGGAGACUGAAAACAUUUUCGUGGUAAGUGUUUUGACAAAAUUCUCGCCACAAAUAGUUUGUUUUGCAGACGCCACAACCACCUAUUCCCAAUUCAGUCAAACGUCCCUGCAAAGAAUUAGGAGAUUCGUUUUUACUUGCCCAGUACCGUGAUCGCUACGCAAUUUUUUACGAGCCCGAAAAUCUGGUGAGAUUUUGAGCCCGACGAGGUCGUUCAUAUGGUUAAAUUUAGGUUGUUUGUGUCUUCGAUACGAUUAAAGAGGUAGACGAUUACAGCUUCGUCUGGGAACAUUUUUUGCCGACAAUCUACAAAGCCAGACGCCCUUUAGAUGCUUUCGCUCGUUAUCUGGAUAUCAUACGGACUGACAUAAGCUGGGGAUUGAAACUGUCGCCGCUCUACUAUGCAAUCAAAUUUGGAGUCAUUGACUACGUUCAGAAUGAGAAAAAGAAAAACCCAAGCGGGUUAGUUUCAAUCUUGCCGAGUAUUAAAUUCUUGGUUUCUUUCAGAUUUUCGAUGCAAAGACUGACAGAAAGAGGCGAUACUCCAGUCCACGUAGCCGCUCGCUUUGGAACUCUCGAGAUGGUCAAAACGGUGUGGGAUGAACAUUUCGACCCGAAAACUAGUAACUGGAUGGGCGAGACUGUCUUCGAACUGUCGAGCCAACCGGUAGUUGUUCAGGUGAGCGCUCUUUUAGUUUUUUAGAAUAAUUUUUGAGAAAAAAAAAAUAAUUUCAGUAUAUAAGCAAACGCUUGCCAAUCGAUUUCUCCAAAAGCGAAAACAAAUAUCUGAAUCCUGAAAUGUUCAACUUUCCGGCUUCGUUCGAAGUGCUCAAAAGUAAGGAAUUGGCCGCCAGAUAAUUAAUAAUGAGUAGUUUCAGACCAUUGGUGCCUUACGUCCAUGCCACACUUGUUUUUCGCGCCGCCGAUCGUUUUCAAAACAUCAAAAGUGCCAAUUGAGGAUAUUGAAAAGUAUUCUUUUCAGCAGAGAUUAUUCCCUAGUAUUCCGUUCUCAGAGCGAUUAAAUUGGUGUAUGCGAAAGACAACGAGUUCUUGGGGCAGUUCUAUAAGAACAAAAGCGCAUUCCACAACCUUCACGGCUUCCCAGAACAGGUAGGGCGAUCAGAAUGUCUUUAACGUUAGUCAAGACCCAAUUUUCAGUAUCAAAAGAUGAUUCUCAAGUACGCCAAUUUCAAAAUGUUGAAUGCAGUCGAUAGUUUUGGAGCAACGCCGGUUCACAGAGCGGGUGAGUACUCCUAACUGAUUUCCGAAACAACGCGUUUUACAGUCGAGCACAACUCCCUGAAGACAUUGAUCUCACUGUGGUCGCAUGGUGCUGACAUCAAUAUCCGGGAUGCCGAAGGAUACUUUCCGAUGGACCACGCCAUCAAGAAAGACUAUGAGGGUCUCCUAAAAGCGUUUCUUGUUUUCGAUGGCCUCGCAAGCGAGAAAGUUUGGACCAGAACAAUAACUGAAAAGACAGGAAAUGCCUCUCGUCUGCUGAAGGAGCACUACGCACAGCCAGGAACUUUAUCUCAGCCCUACCAACUCACUUACAACAAUGGUAUGAAAAUUUGAGUUGUCUUUGUGAUUACACUUUUUUGUUCAGACAACCCGACUCAUAUCCGGUGCAAAAACUUCCCGCCUCUCACUAAAGCCGAUAACAUUGUUCUUUCCAUUGACGGUGGCGGAAUCAAAGGUCUUCUGGCCCUUCAGAUGCUCAAGGAAAUCGAAAAGAUUAAGGGAACCGAUUUAUUGGAGUGGUUCAGCCAUUUUGGAGGAACUUCAACCGGAUCGAUAAUUGCUCUUGGACUUGCCAAACACAGAAAUAUCGACAUUGUUCUCCGCUCGUACUUUAGACUCAAGGUGAUUCCUCAGGGAUUGUGACUACUUUUUUAAAACUGAUGUUCCAGGAUGACAUCUUCGCCGGAUCUCGUCCGUACUCUGGUGACCACCUGGAGAAUGUGCUGCUUCACGAGUUUGGCACCGCAACACUUUCGGACCUCGCAGUGAACAGGGGCACACGUCUCUGCAUACCUGUAACCUGUGUGGACGUGAGCCCACCGAUGCUCUACAUGUUCCGCAGCUACGACCUCGAUGACAAAAUCACUGAUCCAACAUUUGCGAAACCACAAUGGAACGCCGCCAGAAUUGUCCGCGCUUCUUGGUAAUUUGAAAGUCCCAACUUUUUUCUUAAACCAAAAUUUGAGUGCUGCGCCGUCAUACUUUCCACCGGUCGAUGGGAAAUUCAUGGACGGAGGACUUGUCGCAAACAAUCCCACCAUCGACAUUCUUACUGAUUGUCAGCGGUUGGCAUUCGAGACGAAGGGCGAGCACACGUCAAAAAUCGCUGUAUCCAUUGGAACUGGCACAAAGAAAAAAUUAAUGCAAAAUGUUGAAAUAUCGAUGCCGACCUCAGUUUGGGAAGUUGUGAAAACUGCCACUCAGUUUUUCCAUUUGAAGGAUGUGUUUAUCGACCAGGUGAGCUCAAGCUCAAAUUUCACGAACAAUUACGAAUGUGAAUGUUCAGCUGACUGCGGCCGAUGGUGUGCCCGUGGAACGUGCGAGAUGGAUGGCCGACGCGAUGGGAAUGGCCUUUUUUCGCUUCAAUCCUGACCUUGGUAAUCUUUCCGAUACAGUGGCGAUCGAUGAGAAAGAUGACAUCAAGCUGCUCGACGCAAUGCUCGAGGUCAAGGUAUGAUUCACCUUUUUUUCUUUUCUUUAAAUAAAAUUUUCCAGCACAAUGCAAAGUUAAUGCACAACGAGAUGCACAUGUUGGCUUCGAUAUUGAAGUAA